UUCCGCCUAUAAAGGCCCCCAACCGAAGCUAUCUGAGGGAUACUCGAAGAUUUUCUUCGAAAUACCCUAAACAUGGGUUUUGUUAAAGUUGUGAAGAACAAGGCAUACUUUAAACGUUUUCAAGUGAAAUUCAGGAGGAGGCGUGAGGGCAAGACAGAUUUCUUUGCAAGGAAACGCCUCGUUGUCCAAGAGAAAAACAAGUACAACACUCCCAAAUACAGGCUUAUUGUCCGCUUCACCAACAAGGACAUCAUAUGCCAGAUAGCAUACGCCAGGAUCGAAGGUGAUCAUAUUAUUUGCUGUGCAUACGCACAUGAACUGCCAAAAUAUGGCGUGAAGGUAGGGCUGACCAACUAUUCUGCUGCUUACUGCACUGGAUUGCUGCUUGCAAGAAGGCUGCUGAAGCAGUUCAAACUGGACUCAGUAUAUGCUGGCCAGACAGAGGUUGACGGUGAUGAGUAUUACGUUGAGGAUGUAGAUGGUGAGGCUGGAGCUUUCAGGUGUUACCUGGAUACUGGUCUUAUCCGUACUUCAACUGGUGCCCGUGUCUUCGGUGCAUUGAAAGGUGCUGUGGAUGGAGGUUUAGACAUCCCACACAGCACAAAGCGCUUCCCUGGAUAUGAUGGGGAGAGCAACGAAUUCAACGCUGAGGUUCACCGUAACCAUAUAUUUGGCAAACAUGUAGCUGGAUAUAUGGCACACCUACAGGAAGAGGAUGAGGAUGCCUACAAAAGACAGUUCUCAAGGUUCAUCAAGCAUGGUCUCAAUUCAGAAAAUCUGGAGGAGAUGUACAAGAAAGGUCAUGCUGCCAUCAGAGCUAAUCCAGAUCGUGCAACAAAGGCAAAGAAGGAACCAGCUGGCAAGGUGAAGAGGUGGAACCGUUCAAAGAUGAGUCGUCUCCAGAGGGAGGACCGUGUGAAACAGAGAAAGGCCCAUUUCCUGAAGUCUUUGGAGGCUGGCGACGAUUAGACUUCACCCCUGUGAUACACACAAAUGACAAUAUUAAAUCUGUCUAUGCCCAGA